GCCCCGCCCCGCCCCGCUUUCGCCCGCGCCCCGCCCCGUCGCCGCCGGCGCUCCGCCCCGCCUGCCGAGCCCGGGCUAGCAGUCCGGCGCCCCUCAGCUCGGGAGCGCUGGCUCCGCCGGCAGAGAAAUGGACCAGUUUUGACAAGAUGUAGUACUGCAGCGUGCCUGAUGGAUUAUGUUCAGCCAUGGCAUCCGAACUUUGUAAGACGAUCUCUGUGGCAAGGCUGGAAAAGCACAAGAAUUUGUUCUUAAAUUACAGGAAUCUGCAGCAUUUCCCAUUGGAGUUACUGAAAGAUGAGGGACUACAGUACUUGGAGAGACUCUACAUGAAAAGGAACUCCCUUACAACCUUGCCAGAAAACCUUGCUCAGAAGCUUCCAAACCUUGUGGAACUGUAUCUUCACUCAAAUAACAUAGUUGUGGUUCCGGAAGCCAUUGGGUCCCUUGUAAAACUACAAUGUUUGGAUCUUAGUGACAAUGCCUUAGAAAUCGUUUGCCCAGAAAUUGGUCGUCUGAGAGCUUUACGUCAUCUUCGAUUAGCUAAUAACCAGCUGCAAUUCCUACCUCCAGAGGUUGGCGAUUUGAAGGAGCUGCAGACACUAGACAUUUCUACCAAUCGUUUGCUAACUUUACCCGAGAGGCUUCACCUGUGCCUUUCUCUGCAGUACCUCACUGUGGACCGAAAUCGUCUAUGGUGUGUGCCGCGCCACCUCUGCCAGCUGCCCAGCCUCAAUGAGCUCUCCAUGGCUGGAAACCGUCUUGCAUUUUUGCCACUUGAUUUAGGUCGAUCUCGAGAACUUCAAUAUGUGUACGUGGAUAACAACAUUCAUCUGAAAGGCUUGCCAUCCUUUCUGUACAACAAAGUCAUCGGGUGCAGUGGCUGUGGUGCUCCCAUUCAAGUUUCUGAGGUGAAGCUGCUUUCCUUUUCAUCGGGGCAACUAACCGUUUUCCUCCCUGCUGAGGUGAAGGCCAUAGGGACAGAGAAGGAUCAUGUCCUGCCUCUGCAGGAGCUGGCCAUGAGGACUCUGCAUCACACCUACCACGCUUCUCUAAAAGAUCUGGACUUUCUGUCUCCAGUCUCGUUACCCAGAAGUCUCCUGGAGCUGCUGCACUGCCCCCUGGGGCACUGCCACCGGUGCAGCGAGCCCAUGUUUACGAUUGUCUACCCCAAGCUCUUUCCCUUGAGAGAGACGCCAAUGGCAGGGCUGCACCAGGGAAUGAGAGCAAGCGUGGGCAGGGUACUGCACCUCUCAGAGCCUCAGAAUGGAGCUGGAACAGCCUGCUGGGCAGGGCAUCUGAGGAUCAGCAGACGAUGAAGGCAGACACCUGGCACAUAAUGGGUGCUCAGCAAAUGGAGGACAACUGUGAGUUUUGUGGCUUACUGCUGCUCCACCCAGUGUCUGCAGACUUUCGACCUACUGAGUUGAUAAACACUCAAGAGCCUCAGGAGUUGUGCCAGCUUGACACUGCAGUUGCCUGCAUAUCACACACGGUGCGGCCAAAGGGGUGGAGAGUCCAGCCAGCCCAGCAGCCCUUGCGCCCUGCCACACUCGGAGACUACAGGACUCUGGAAACGUCACGAUCGAGCUUCAGAACUGAAAUGCCUUCCCCCAAGUUGGAAUAUAUCCUCCCCCAAAUUAAGAA